AUGAAUCUGGCUCUGUGUUCGUCGUCGUCAUUGGAACCGAAUAAUCCUUUUAUUGAGGGUUCGCCAAUUACAAAUAGGAAAAUACCGACGUCCAAGCCUUUUCUAAGAGUUGGUUAUGUUGAAAAGAAUGAGAAAGUUGAAGAGUAUUGUCGUAAUGGCAGAAAGGUGGUGGUAUCUAGUCAUUUGAUGCCGGGACAUUUAGAAGGGGCUUUCAUGAGAAAGAAACGGCUCGAGGAGCCUAGCCGGAAAAUGGAUUUUGUGAGGACAUUGUUGAUUGACAACUAUGAUAGUUAUACAUACAAUAUUUACCAAGAGCUAUCUGUCGUUAAUGGGGUUCCUCCUGUGGUCAUCCGAAAUGAUGAGUGGACAUGGGAAGAUGUGUGCCAUUACUUGUAUGAAGAAAGAGCAUUUGAUAAUAUUGUUAUCUCACCUGGACCUGGUUCUCCAACAUGUGCAGAGGAUAUAGGAAUAUGUCUUCGACUGCUGCUUGAGUGCAAGGGUAUUCCUAUUCUCGGUGUUUGCCUUGGACACCAGGCUUUGGGUUAUGUCCAUGGUGCUAGAAUUGUCCAUGCAUCUGAACCAGUCCAUGGACGUUUAAGUGAAAUUGAACAUAAUGGAAGCAGGCUGUUUGAUAACAUCCCUUCUGGCAAAAAAUCUGGUUUUAAGGUGGUACGGUAUCAUUCUCUCAUCAUAGAUUCAGAAGCACUGCCGAAGGAACUUGUACCAAUUGCAUGGACUUCUAGCAGCACUCAUUCUUUCCUUGAGUCUCCGAAUUCUGGUCUUACCCCUGAUGCCUGUGAGAACCAGCUUAGGUCAAACAGACCUUUUGAUACUUACUCAAUGGGAUCAUACAAUGGAACUGCUUGGUCUUUUAGCAACCCUGGUAGAAUGCAAGGGAAAAAAGUUCUCAUGGGCAUUAUGCAUUCUACUAGGCCACACUAUGGUUUACAGUUUCAUCCAGAAAGUAUUGCAACCUGUCACGGAAGGCAAAUAUUUGAGAAUUUUAGAGAGAUAACAGAGGAUUAUUGGCAAAGACGGAGGUCAAGGUCAACAUUUAUUAAUGAUAGAAAUGUUCAUUAUACUGCAUGCAUGCAGGUGUCUGUUGCUAGUCAACUAUUUGGAGUUCCUAGAACCGGGGCAGUAGUACACAAGGAAGAUGCUCAAUCAUUUAGAGAAGCUUCUAGAAGAAGCCAAAUACUUGGAAAUGCAGAUGUGAACUCUGUCAGCAUUUCCAGUGUAUUGAAGUUUCCAGAAUCAAGCAUCAACGUUAGGCAUCUAAAGUUGAAAUGGAGGAAAUUUGAUAAAUUAGCUGCCCAAGUUGGUGGAGCAAGAAACAUAUUUUACGAACUGUUUGGGGCUUGUAAAGCUGAAAAUACAUUCUGGUUGGACAGCUCCUCAAUAGAAAAGAAAAGAGCACGCUUUUCAUUUAUGGGGGGUAAGGGCGGACCGCUUUGGAGUCAAAUGUCAUUUAGAUUGUCAGAUCAAAGUGAUACGGAUUUUAAAGGUGGAGGUUACUUAUCAAUUGUAGAUACUCAAGGAUCUACCAGAAGCAUGUUUUUGGAAAAAGGUUUUCUUGAUUUUUUGAACCAGGAGCUACUAUCAUUUAGUUAUGAUGAAGAAGAUUUUGAAGAACUGCCAUUUGACUUUUAUGGUGGUUAUAUUGGUUACAUUGGGUAUAGCCUCAAAGUUGAAUGUGGCAUGUUAUCCAAUUCUCACAAAUCUAGGACUCCAGAUGCUUGCUUUUUCUUUGCAGAUAAUUUUGUAGUCAUUGAUCAUCUUAAUGACAAUGUUUAUAUAUUGUCUUUACAUGAAGAAAGUACAACCACCACACCAUGGUUAGAUGAUACAGAAAAGAAGUUGCUUUGUUUAGAAGCGUCUGCUACAAGAAAAUUAGAGGAGCAGGCUUCCCCUACCGCAGCAUUUUCCCCAUGCAAGGGUGCCUUUCUUGGGGAAAAAUCUAGAGAGCAGUAUGUUAAAGAUGUUAACAAGUGUCUAGAAUACAUUAAAGACGGGGAAAGCUAUGAGUUAUGUCUCACUUCUCAGAUGAGAAAAACAGUCGGAGAGAUAGAUUCCCUGGGACUUUACCUUGUCCUCAGAGAGAAAAAUCCAGCACCAUAUGCGGCGUGGCUUAAUUUUUCAAAUGAAGAUUUGUGUAUCUGCUGCUCUUCUCCUGAGAGGUUCCUACGCUUGGACAGAAAUGGUAUAUUAGAAGCAAAGCCAAUUAAAGGUACUAUAGCUCGAGGUGUAACACUGGAGGAAGAUGAACAACUUAAAUUGAAACUGCAGUACAGUGAAAAGGAUCAAGCCGAAAAUCUUAUGAUUGUCGAUCUUUUGAGGAACGAUCUUGGUCGUGUCUGUGAGCCAGGCUCUGUUCAUGUUCCGCAUCUUAUGGACGUAGAGUCGUAUGCAACUGUGCAUACUAUGGUGAGUACAAUACGGGGAAAGAAGAGGUCAAAUAUGAGCGCAGUUGACUGUGUCAGGGCUGCAUUUCCAGGUGGUUCAAUGACAGGUGCACCAAAGUUGAGAUCAAUGGAGCUUCUUGAUUCUCUUGAAAGCUGUUCUCGUGGCAUCUACUCAGGUUCUGUUGGAUUUUUCUCAUAUAACCAGACAUUUGAUCUGAAUAUCGUGAUUAGAACAGUAAUUAUUCACGAGGGCGAAGCUUCUAUAGGUGGAGGAGGAGCAAUUGUUGCUCUAUCAAAUCCUGAAGACGAAUACGAUGAAAUGCUAUUGAAAACACGUGCACCAGCAAGCGCAGUGAUAGAAUUCCAGUAG